UCGGACCUCUCCUUUCUAUUUCUUGGAGACUACCAUAACUCACAAGUUGCCAUCAUGCGAGAAAUCAUCCACCUUCAGGCCGGGCAGUGCGGUAACCAGAUCGGUGCAAAGUUUUGGGAAGUAAUAUCAGACGAGCAUGGCGUAGACCCCACCGGCACAUACCACGGCGACAGCGACCUUCAGUUAGAGAGAAUCAACGUCUAUUAUAAUGAAGCAACGGGCGGUAAAUACGUCCCCCGAGCAGUGCUCAUCGACUUGGAACCUGGAACCAUGGACUCCGUCAGAUCUGGACCAUUUGGACAAAUAUUCAGACCCGAUAAUUUUGUUUUUGGUCAGAGCGGCGCUGGAAACAACUGGGCGAAGGGACACUACACAGAAGGUGCUGAACUGAUCGACUCUGCCCUCGAUGUGGUCCGUAAAGAAGCCGAGGGCUGCGACUGCCCACAAGGAUUCCAACUGACACAUUCUCUAGGAGGGGGUACGGGUGCUGGUAUGGGGACCCUCCUCAUUAGCAAGAUCAGGGAGGAAUACCCCGACAGGAUCAUGAACACUUUCAGUGUUGUGCCAUCGCCUAAGGUCUCCGAUACCGUCGUCGAACCAUACAACGCCACACUCUCCGUCCACCAACUGGUUGAAAACACUGACGAAACAUACUGCAUCGACAACGAGGCUCUCUACGACAUCUGCUUCCGCACACUCAAACUGACCACACCCACAUACGGGGACUUGAACCAUCUGAUCUCCGCCACCAUGUCAGGGGUCACGACCUGCCUCCGAUUCCCAGGUCAACUAAAUGCUGAUCUCAGGAAGAUCGCCGUCAACAUGGUACCAUUCCCACGUCUUCACUUCUUCAUGCCCGGCUUCGCCCCGCUCACCUCCCGAGGAAGUCAGCAAUACCGCGCCAUGACCGUCCCAGAGAUUACCUCCCAGAUCUUCGAUGCCAAGAACAUGAUGGCCGCUUGUGACCCUCGUCACGGACGGUACUUGACGUGUACCGCGUUAUUCAGGGGAAGGAUGUCAAUGAAGGAGGUUGACGAACAGAUGAUGAAUGUGCAGAACAAGAACAGCAGCUACUUCGUCGAAUGGAUCCCAAACAACGUCAAGACUGCCGUCUGCGACAUCCCACCACGAGGUUUGAAAAUGUCGGCCACAUUCGUUGGAAACACUACCGCCAUCCAGGAACUUUUCAAGAGAAUUUCGGAGCAAUUUACAGCUAUGUUCCGCCGCAAAGCUUUCCUCCACUGGUACACAGGCGAGGGUAUGGAUGAGAUGGAGUUCACCGAGGCAGAAUCCAACAUGAACGACCUCGUGUCAGAGUACCAACAAUACCAGGAUGCAACAGCGGAAGAGGAAGGAGAAUUUGACGAAGAGGAAGAAGGGGGCGAGGAAAAUUAGAACUGUAGAUCGGAAAAAAGACAUUUGCAUCUCGCUACAUCUACAUGUAUGUUAUGAUGCUGUUAUUCGAGACUUAAAGUCACAUUCUGUGAAAAAUAUGAGCACUCGUACCGUCAUAAACUUGUAUUCGUCUGUAGUAUGGUAGGGACUGGUAUAGGCUGUCGUUAGAUUACAUAACACUCGCCACACGUUUUUUUCUUGGAUUGUUGCAAGAAUGACUAAAUAUCAUUCAAAGAUUCUGAACUGAAUUUAGUGCUGAUAAGACCAUGUACAAAAGUAACUUAGAUGUUGAUGCCGUCCUAUGCAGAUUUAUAUUAUUUAUCAUUGAACCUUUUAUACAACAGAUAUGUAUAUUUUUUUUCAUUUUAGAACAUCCAUGUACGUAAUUUAUUUCACAAGAACUUGUAAAGAUUGAAUAUUUAGAAUAAAUUUAU